ACCGGCGAACAAGACAUCUCCCGCCCCAUCCGCUGUUCUUGUUGAAGAGAGGCGGGAGAGCCAAGUUUGCUUUUCAAGCUCGACUUUGGAGCUUUCUUGCUAGUUCUUCCUGCUAAAAAAAAGGAAUCACAUUCCGGUUAAAAUGGUGCGCACCAAAGCGGACAGUGUUCCAGGGGCUUACAGAAAAGCUGUUGCAGCUUCUGCCCCCAGGAAGUCUCUGGGCUCCCGUUCAGCCAAUGCAUCCUCCUCGUCUUCCUACUCCAGCGAUUCAGCCACUCCUGUAAAGAACAAAUACGCCGGAGGGAACCCAGUGUGCCAGCGACCCACCCCUACCUGGCAGAAGGGCAUUGGGGACUUCUUUGGUGGUCCAGGAAUGAAGCCUGAGAAGGAAAACCAGAGCCCCCCGCAGCCUAAUGAGGAAGACAACGAAGAGGCCGCAGGCAGUAGCAUGUCCAAGACCAGCAGGAAGUCCAGGCCAUUGCCUUCUGAGGACGAGGGUGAAGAGGACUGAGGACUUUUGUGUUAAACUGUAAAUGUGUAUAUAAUUGCUGAAUUACCUGUAUAGUUCAUUGCUGCAAUUUUUUUUAAAUAAUUUUAAAAAUGAAAUAGUUCUGGUGUGUUUGACUUUUCACAGGUUCCUCUUGCUUCAUUUUUUUUCUACCUACAAAAUAAAAUGCCUUUUUAUACCUUG